CCAAGGCACGCAUGCGUGAGUGCCAGUUGGGCCUCAGGAUGGGGGCGGCCUGUUUCACACAUGCGCAAACGUUUUCCACUGAGGUGAAAUACUUCCGGAAGUGAGGUCUCACUAGCUGUGACCGCCCUCGAGGACGUUUUUCCACUGAGGUGGAAUGCUUCCGGAAGUGAGGUCUCACUAGCCGUGACUGCCCCUCGAGGGAGUUCUGCCCAGCCGGCAAGGCCAUGUCAACCAAGGAACAGAAAGACAUGGAGAGACGUGCCAAGCGCCCAAGGGUUGAUCAGAAUCUCCCAUCAGAUGACUUCCAGAACCCAGAUGCAAUCACCCCCGCAAACAGUCCAGCAGUUGAUACCAGUGAGAUGGGCAGCUGUUCCUCAGGACCAGACGUGCAAGCGGCCAGGGAGCCUGUUCAGAAGAGGAUACCGGAUUUCAAAGAAUCGUACCUCCUGGCAAAGAGAGAAGCAGUUGAAAAGGAUAUAAAUGCUUUCAGCAGCCUGAAUGAAAACCUCCAGAGUGUUUUCAAAACCCAACAGAAGUCAAGGCAGGAGCUUCACUCCAUGCACUCCCAGAUGUUUGAGUCUCUGUAUCACAAGUGGCUGGACGAGGUGGGGAGAGCAAGGGAGCAAGAAGAACACCUUACUCUUAUAGCUCAGCAGCAGAUGAAGAUUUUACAGAAAGCUCUAGAGGAUCAUGAAACCAGGAUUGAAAACGCUAAAGAUUUAUGUGACACAGUUUUGAAGAAAGCCAAGGACUUGAGUGAACAUCGCAAAGCUUUUAUUGGUGGUGAAGAAAGUGAAGUGAAGAAAGAAAUCUCCAAGGCGCAGGACAGAGUUAUCAUGGAAACUCAAGAGCAAGAUGUGUCUGUUGUUGAAACAUACCUUCAAUCCCUGGUCCUUGACCACUCUGAAGAAACCAUCUGAAGCUCACGUAGAGGACGCACAGGGAGCAUUAGCCGUGCUAAGAGGACGUUAGUAGCAGUCAGUGCAGCUCCUUUCUCUUUACUUUGCUUGUUAGAAAUAUGACUGAGACUCUGUUAACCAUUAAGUGAACC